CUUACAAGUGCCAUCGUCCCCUUCAAAUAGUGUCUCCAGGAGAUGAAGACGAGAGUCGGCAUGUAUAAGACCGUCUCCAGUCCAAUUGAUAUCGUCUAGGAGGGGUCCUGCAGUGUGGCUCUACGCUGCAGUCUUGUGCCGGGGUGACAACAUCGGAUCGAGGACAAAUAUAGCGCGCAAUUGUCUCUUACUGGCUCCCAAAGUUCAUCAGCCAGGGGUAUGUAACAUCAGCCAGAGAUCCCGCAAACUCUCGUUUUGUGACUGUGGUAGAUACCUUCACUUUUAGCAGCCGUGUUGGAGGCUCUUAGAUUGCCAGAGGAUCUCCAUUUAAAGACCGUCAGCAAACUUCCAGAGAAAACUCCCUGCCCUCUCAAACAUCGCACCCACAUUGCUCUCCGAAGGGUGUAUCUCAUAAUGGCCAGUUCGUCGAUCAGUGGUUCACGAGACCCCUAUCAUGUCAUUGCAGCACGCAAACAAGAAGCGCGCUCUAAGCUGAUUCCGAAAGAAUGGCUCAUCCCCGAGACGAAAUUGCACGAGUAUACCUCGAGCCCGACAGCCAAUGUACUCCAUGUCCCGGCCAAGAGCGGAUUAUUGAGUAGUCGAGAGUUGGAGAUAACCGAAAACUACGACGCAGUAGGGCUACUGGAGAUGUUGAGGAAAGGGCCUGCAGAUGGCGGGUACAGUGUGACAGAGGUGGUGACGGCGUUUUGCAAAAGGGCAGCAAUCGCACAACAGCUGACAAAUUGCUUGACGGAGAUCAUGUUCGAGUCUGCCCUCCAGAGAGCGAAGAAACUCGACGACGACUGUUCCGCAAACCCGACGCAAACAUUCCCUCCACUCUGGGGACUGCCCAUUUCUUUAAAAGACAGCUUCAACAUUCCAGGAUUCGAUGCAACAAUCGGGCUUGUGCAUUUUGCUGAAAAGCCUUGCAGCGAGUAUUCAGCAUUGCCGAAACUGUUUUUGGACCUGGGCGCGGUCUUCUACUGCAAGACCAAUGUUCCCCAGACGAUGAUGACCGCAGACUCCGACAACAAUAUCUUCGGGCGUACCAUGAAUCCUCACAAUCGGUCAUUGACCGCUGGUGGAAGUUCUGGGGGUGAGGGCGCACUAAUUGCGAUGCGCGGCAGCAUCGUCGGUAUAGGGACCGACAUAGCCGGCAGUAUUCGUAUCCCGAGUCAUUGUUGCGGAAUAUAUGGGUUCAAACCAUCGGCCAAUAUCGUGCCUUAUGCUGGUCAGCAGAGUCCCGCCGCUGCGGGUUUGCCAGGCAUCCAGCCCGUCGCCGGCCCAAUGGCAACAAGCCUACGCAGCUGUGAGCUCAUCAUGAGGACAAUCAUGAGCAACCAGCCAUGGAAGGUCGACGUGGAAUGCUUACACAUUCCAUGGCGAGGGCUCCAAGCUCCCAAUGGAGGCAAGUUAAGGAUUGGUGUCAUAGAAGAUGAUGGAUUGUUCACUCCAACACCGCCCAUGAGACGCGCACUUGCAGAGGCGAAAACCAAGCUGCAGAAGGCUGGAAUGGAAAUCGUGGCCAUCAAAUUGCCAAACGUGGCUCGAGACAUUGGAAUUAUAUGGGCGUCUUUUUCGCUGGAGGGGUCAAAGACUGUCCUUGAGUACAUCUCUUCCGCGAACGAGCCCUUCGUUGAAUCGGUCAAGCGGGUCGGCUUGGUGAGUAUGCCACCAAAGUCUCUGCAAGACCUCUUUGCUUGGAAUGUGGCACGGCGUGAAGCUGCAACGGCGUACAAGGAUCUCUGGCUUGAGAACAACCUUGACGCCAUCCUGAACACUCUGGCGCCGCACACGGCACCGCCAUUGGAUACCUGGCCCGGCAUAACGCAGGCCUUGUGGAACUUGGUUGACUACCCUUCUUGCAUCAUUCCCACAGGCAAGGUCGGACCAGGAGACGUGACAGAUAAUGCAGCCAAAUACGGGCCAGACGAUGAAAAGGUGUACGCCAUGUACACUGGCCCUGAUAAUUACCAGGGUGCUCCAACCACUCUCCAACUGGUCGGAAUGAGACAGGAGGACGAGAAUCUCGUAGCGAUGGCGGGCAUCGUCGAUAAGAUCUUGAAUAACUCCUAAAGUCGAGGUGGACAUGUACCGUAUGGACAGGGGUAAACCUUGGUACAGACUAGAUUGAUGUGUGGCCAAGUGCUCUUGAGCUUCGUCUUCUGAAAAGCCCUGACGCAGUAUGUUCACUUUCCAUACUCGUUCCGAUGCCGGAAUCCCCCUCGAAUGAUCUCCCACGGAACUCUUCGGCUUCUUCCAGCUCGUCUUCGUCGUCCGCAGCCUCUCCUGGGCCGAUGGGCUGUGUCAAAGUGUAGUCGUCGACAUCUUCUUCUCCUGGCUCCACGGCAGAACUCCGCCCAGGAAGGUUUGAAUAUUGCUCUCCGUCUACAGGGGAAGACUGCACAUUCGACAGGGACAAGCCACCGGUUGGCGACCCUGCCUCGUCUUCUCUCUUAAUCUUGACAGGCCGGCCAUACUCCGGUUCUGCUUUAGCACGGCCAUCUGCGUCAUCACUUUCCUGCUUGAGGGCUUUCCUCUCGCUGGGUUCGGAGCUUGAAGAGAUCAAGGCCGAUAUGACUGCCC